CCAAUUCACCCUCCCUGGCCAUAGUCGCUCCGCAGACGCACUGCACCAACACCAGCCUCUCAUCUCUCCUGACGCCAUCGUUUUCGCUGCUCGUGUUGAAGGCCUAGCAGCUGCCCAGCUGACGUCGCAUUGUCUCGCUUCUCUGCGUGGCCAAUUCAAGUCUGUCCCACGUCCCGAGUCCUUCCCGAGCUAGGCUAGAAGCAGGCCGAAGGCCGCCACCAGCCCUACGUCCGUCGUCCUCGUCAGUCGUACGCGUUUCCUUCUCGAGUGUCUGGUCAGCCGCACCAUGAGUCCGCUGAACCGAAUCAACCGCAUCGCUUCGCACAUCUGCCCGCCCGCUUCGUCCAGCGAUGGCGGCCUUUCGAUGAACGCCACGCGCGCCAAGGGCAGCAGCGGCGGGUUCAAGGUGGCGGUGCUGGGAGCGGCGGGCGGCAUCGGGCAGCCGCUGUCGCUGCUGCUGAAGAUGAACCCGCUCGUGUCGGUGCUGCACCUGUACGACGUGUUUAACACGCCCGGCGUCACGGCCGACCUCAGCCACACCAGCACCUCCGCCGUGGUGCGCGGAUUCCUGGGCAAGGACCAGCUGGGAGCGGCUCUUGACGGCAUGGACCUGGUGAUCAUCCCCGCGGGCGUGCCCCGCAAGCCGGGCAUGACGCGCGACGACCUCUUCAACAUCAACGCGGGCAUCGUCAAGACGCUCUGCGAGGGAAUCGCGAAGCACUGCCCGCACGCGGUGGUGAACAUUAUUAGUAACCCCGUGAAUUCGACGGUCGCGAUCGCCGCUGAGGUGUUCAAGCGCUCGGGGACGUACGACCCGAGGAAGCUGAUGGGCGUCACGACGCUCGAUGUGGUUCGCGCCAACACCUUUGUGGCGGAGGUGCUGGGGCUGAACCCAGAGGAGGUGAACGUGCCGGUGGUGGGGGGGCAUGCGGGCAUCACCAUCCUGCCGCUGCUCUCGCAGGUGACCCCGUCCGUGAGUUUCAGCAGGGAGGAGUUGGAUCAGCUGACCAACAGGAUCCAAAACGGAGGCACGGAGGUCGUUGAGGCCAAAGCCGGCGCUGGGUCAGCCACUCUGUCCAUGGCGUAUGCAGCAGCCAAGUUCGCCCAGGCGUGCCUACAGGCCAUGCGAGGGGAGGCAGGCAUUGUGGAGUGCGCGUUUGUGCAGUCCACUGUGACAGAGCUACCCUUCUUUGCAUCUCGAGUGGUGCUGGGGCGGCGGGGAGUGGAGGAGGUGCUCUCUCUGGGGCCCAUGACGGAAUACGAGAGGGGAUGGUUGGAGAAGCUCAAGCCUGAGCUCAAGUCCAGCAUUGACAAGGGCGUUGAAUUUGUUGCAAGGGCCUGAAGUGCAGUUACGGUGUAGGAUUGAAAUGUUAUAUUUUGACAAACGAAGAAGUGAUGUGAUUCGUGGAUAUUGUACAUUCCGAACAGUCUUUCAAAACUUUGCUCACGAGUUGUGAUAGUGUUCGUUCCUGUUGGCAUUC